CGCGCGCACAAUGACGUCCCGCAGUUACACCAAGUCCUACAGCCGCAAGGUCAGCAGUGUAACGCCUGGCAGCAUCCAGUUCGACAAGCUCUUCCGCGAGAACAGCAACCGGCCGUCCGCCGCCAAGUCCGCGGGCACCGUCGGCAAAUGGGGCAUAACAUCCUUCACGUCCAUCAGGAGCACGAAUAUCAACGGGAGGAGAGAUGAUAUACAUAACACUUUCGGCGCGAAGAGAAUGAAGCUCGAUUAUGGGAAUCAGAAUCGCGUGAAUCCCGGGAAGGAUCCCUUUUCCUUCGAGACCGAUCCGGACAACAAGUCGGACAACGCGUCCCCGGCGGUCGUCAAGCCGAAGAAGUUCUUCAAGAGCCGAAAUGCCCCGCCCGUGGUGGAGGAAUCUCGCCAGGAUGUGGCAAUCUACAGACAAGUACCUGAUUCGCAAUACGGAAGGGCCCGCGCCCCGAAGCAACCGCAGCAGCAGCAGCAGCAGCAGCAGCAGCAGGCUGUGACGAAAGCGUCGCAUGCCUCGGUUAAGAAAGUAGUAGAAAGUUUAGAUAGCACCGGCACGCCCGACGCUCCCAAUCGGGAGGAGAGCAAACCGCCGAUCGUACUGAGAAUAUGCAAGGGUACGGCGCGACUGGUUUGCGGGGACGUGCAUCAGGACAGCCAGGAGCCCGAGCCGGACACGUACAGGAUUUCCACGCCCCUCGCCAGUCCCUCGAAGGUGGACAUCGAGCGCAAGACCACCAACACGGAAGCGUCGCUCAAGUCCGAUCAUAGAUCCCUGCGCGCGCAUCAGUCCAUCGUGUCCAAUUCCGAUCGGAAAUCGGUCAUCUCGAAUUCCGAUCGGAAAUCCGUCAUCUCCAAUCCCGAUCGAAAGUCCGUCAUCUCCAAUCCCGAUCGGAAGUCCGUCAUCUCCAAUCCCGAUCGAAAGUCUGUCAUCUCCGCGGUGUCGAUCCCGCUGGAGAACUCGGAUAUGCGCAGGACCACGCGUAGCCGCGCCAAGAAUCUGCACCUGGACCCGACGGCGACGACCUCCGUCGUCGCGCCGUCGACGGCACCGGUCACACCCACCAACUCGCACGGCUCCGGCCUCUCCCUGACGCUGAGGAAAUCGGUGACGGACUCCAACAACACACUUAUCUCUCAUUACGACAUCGUUAAGACUGACUAUAGCUCAACGUAUUCCUCCAAACCGACGAUCGAACCGUUGAUCGGGCGUGAUCAGCCACUGCCAACUACAACUCAAGAGCUGAUCGAUAUACUGUCGAGCGACUCCGACGCGAGACCACCGCCGCCGCCGCCGCCGCCACCAACACCACCACCAGUAGCAGCAGCAGCAGCAGCAGCGUCAUUGCCAUCGCCACAAUCGUCGCCAUCGCCACCAUCGCCACCCGCGUCACCACCGGUAGCACCACCGGCAGAUUUGGCCGCCGGUAUCGAUGACAAUUACAAUGACAAUAUGGAAAAUACGGAGGAAACAGCAACGCCGGAGAGCGUCGCGUAUCAAAUUGAACAGCACUGCUUCAUAGAUAUCCCGACCAAUAAUGAAGCCGCGGCCGAAGCGGCACCCGUCGCGGCCAUGCAACCGUUCAAGCCCGAGCCGGAGGCGGAGCCCGAUCCGGAAUCGGAGCCGGAGCUGCUGCCGACCCGCGGCACGAUCGACACCGCCGCCACCGUCGAGAUCGCGGCCAAGACUCUGGUGGAUCAGGACUGGUUCUCGAGCAGCGACGACAGCGAGGGUGCCAGCGGGAACGCCGAGGGUGAGAUACCGCUGCUACACGCGACGAACACGGCCUCGGAGUUGCUGCAGACCGCGGACCCGCCGGCGACGAGCGUCUCCUCGAUCAAGCCCGCCGUUAAAAAGGGCAGCAUCUUCAAGAGUCGCUCGACGGGCGCGACCAACGGGAACAAGAGGCGGGCGUUGUACAAGCACAAGUGGUGCGACAGCGACAAGGAGUCCACCUCCGCGGAUACGCCGAACACCGGCAACAGCACCCCGACCACCGCGUCGAGUUCCAGCAACGCGGGCCCGGUGGCGUACGAGGAGGAAUUCGAGCCUUCGCAGUUGACGCGAGUCGUGACUUAUCCCGCGGCCGACGCGGAUUUCGAGGACGAAGCGGACGCUGUCACGAGCGUUCGUUGCGGCAAAAAAGUUAAAGGGUUCUAUACUGUAGUGAAAAAUGUAAAGAAAGCUCAUCAGAUACAAGAAAGCGGAGAAUUCCAAGAGUUUAACGACGAUGUGGAGUAUAUCUUGGACACUCUGAGAGAAAAUAAUCCGAAUGCUACUCGUUGCCUUUCAGCCAUACGAUUGGCGAGUAAAUGUAUGGCUCCUGCAUUUCGUAUGCACGUGCGUGCUCAUGGAACUGUUGCCAAGUUUUUUAAAGCUCUUCAUGAUGCAACUAAAGAUCAGAGUCUUGGUCUAUGCACAGCUACAGUAAUGUUUGUACUAAGUCAGGAUCGCCUGGCUAUGGAUCUUGAUCGCGAUUGUUUGGAAUUAAUGUUAAGUCUAUUGGAAUCCGAUGCCAGUCAUAAGGACGCUCUUGACGAUUGCGGCCUCAGUCAUGCCGAAUUGCUAAAAAACAAAGAAAAAGUGCGUCAGUUGUGUGCUGACAUACAGGCUCAAGGACACGCUAAGCAUCUAAAUCUAGAUAAUAUCACCGUUGGCCAGCUCGCUAUGGAGACGCUGUUGAGUCUUACGUCAAAGCGCGCUGGAGAAUGGUUCAAGGAAGAAUUGCGGGAAUUAGGCGGCCUGGAGCAUAUUGUAAAGACAAUUCGAGAAUGUCACCGUCAUAUUAACGGCGAGAAUGUUUUAAGAUCUGGCUGGACAGAUCCUUUAUUAGACAAAUUACGUAAAGUUGACAGAUGUUUGCGCGUCUUAGAAAAUGUAACUCAUAUGAACGAAGAGAAUCAGGUGUAUUUAUUAAAGUACGAGGAUGGAGUAUUAGUAAGCACGUUAGCUAGUUUGUAUCACUUAUGCGGACAAGAGAUACCCAUUUAUCCAACAACAGAUCCAAGCGAUAAGAGUUCCACUGGUGCUGUUGUUAGAGAAUGUCUUUUUGCAAUUCUUAAAGUUCUCAUCAAUCUUACCCAUCGGUUUAACGGACAAUCCUUCGGUAGCAAGUCAGUCGGCGCACAAGUUGGCGUUUUGGAUCGCAGUCUGUUUCUCUUGUUACGCGUGCCUGAAUUGCUCCCAGAAGAAAAGCGAUUUGACAUGAUGAUGUUGGCGUUAAGUCUGUUGAUAAAUUUGGUAGAGCAGUGCGACGACAACAAGCAACUUCUUAUCGACUCGAAGGCACCUCCGUUGACGGAAAGUAUUUUCGAUGCGGAGAAAAGCGGCGUGGAGUCUCUGAUCGAUUUGUUUUACAAGCAAGAGGAACUUGCGCGCGCCGAGGAACAGAAAACGGACGCGAUCCUAGACGGAAAGAAAGAUUCUGAGCAAAGAGAGACGGUGCGGACCACAACUAAAUCUCAGGAAGAAUUUAUCGAAGAGACCGUCGCAAAAUUGUUACAGAAAGCUGGACGACAUAUGGAGCAUACGUUCAUCGGAGCAUACGUAGUACUGUUACUUGGAUACUUAAUAAUGGAUAACAAGGAGUACGAGUCGCUAGUACGAAGUAGACUACCGGACAAGAACUUCGCCACUAUGGUAUCUGUACUUCAAAAGUUCUUCAACUUCAUGAAUCUGACGGCAUCGAACGAAGUGAGUAGUUGCGGAAACGCCGCUACCGAGAAGGUAAUCAAGUUCCUAAAGAUGUCGGAUGCCAGAAUCGAGGAGGAGAAGAAUGAGUUACCAUUGCCAGCGUUGGAGGACAACAACACGAUGCUUGACUUAACUUCAUCUUGAUCGACAUGUUAUGCACACACCUGACAGCAUUUCUUUCAUCUGGCGUACACGAAGAGCCAAAGUUGUAUUUUUUUUGUUUGUUCAACAGAAAGGAAAUUUUUUUUAUUACAAUAUGGAUGGACUUGUUUCAUAUUCGUAUAUUUUGAUAUAUAUUUAUUCACUUACGUAAUUUAUUGUUGUAGGUCUCAUUAUUGCUAUUAUUAUUAUUAUUACCGAUCCGACUAUUUCCUUAUUUACAAUGUGAAAGCUAGCUUGUAUUCUAUAGUUUUUAAGUAAAAUAAAAAUAGGAUAGCUUUGAAUUUACGUAUAUAGGAAAACACAACUUGUAAUUAUUAUUACAGGGCACUUAUCGCAAUUAAUAUCGUCAUUGUCUACACGAUAUCACGAUAAUGAAUUCGAAUUAACUCGAGCGCAGCCACCUUCUAUUAAAAGUUGAGAGAGACUGCCAAGAAGAGAAAAAUUGACGCGAUAAGCUUCUUGCCAGCCUACCUGAUUUACCUUCUGUAUAUGAGAUCUUAACAUUGUACAAUCGAUUUUUAAAAUAAAAAAAUAUCUAAUGCGUUUUAAAACCCGU